UCAAGUCGCCGGCGAGGAUAGAAAUAAUUAAGUAGAGAAGUGCGAGUCGGUGAACGGAGAAAAGCGAAGAAGAAGACGAAAGUAGAAAGUGAGAAGAGAAGGAGAGAGAGAGAGAGAAUGUGCGAGAGCGAUGCGAAGGCGAUUCUACAAGAGCGAUGAUGCAAGGACUCCACCACCAACAGCAACAGCUCGCGGCGCUGCUCUCCGCCGCUCUCCCCAAAGCCAGCGGCGUUGCUGGCGGAACCGGUGGCGAUGCGACUCAUUCUUCCGCCUCCGCCCCUAACACUGCCGCCUCCGAGGAAGACGAGUCGUCUCGCCUCGCUGCCAUCAACAAUCUCCACCGCGCCAUUCUGUACCCUCCGAACUCGCUCCUCGUCACUCACUCCGCUUCUUUCCUUGCCCAGGGUUUCUCUCAACUUCUUUCCGACAAAUCAUAUUUGGUGUGCCAGGCGGCAGCUACAGCCUAUGGGGCUUUGUGCUCUGUGCUGUGUUCUAUCCAUGUAUCUUCAAAUGGAAGGCAAAACCAUGUUAUACUUGGGAGUUUGGUUGAUCGGUUUAUUGGUUGGGCACUGCCUUUGCUUUCUAAUGUUGGUGCUGGAGAUGGGGCAACAGAAUUGGCUCUUGAAAGUCUUCGAGAGUUUCUUAAUGUUGGAGAUCUUGGUGCAAUUGAGAGAUAUGCGCUACCAAUUCUUAAAGCAUGCCAAGAGCUUCUUGAGGAUGAGAGAACUUCCUUAAGUUUAUUGCACCAGCUUUUGGGUGUUUUAACUCUGAUAUCAUUGAAAUUUUUUAGAUGUUUUCAACCUCACUUUGUUGAUAUUGUUGAUCUGCUUCUGGGGUGGGCUAUGGUACGGGACCUUGCUGAGUCUGAUAGACGUGUUAUUAUGGAUAGCUUUUUGCAAUUUCAGAAACAUUGGGUGAAUAGUCUUAAGUUCUCUUUAGGAUUGCUGUCAAAGUUCUUGGGAGAUAUGGAUGUGUUGCUACAGGAUGGGAGUGCUGGAACCCCACAACAAUUUCAGAGAUUACUUGCUUUGCUGUCAUGUUUUUGUACAGUUUUGCAGUCAACGGCUUCUGGUUUGCUUGAGGUGAAUUUACUUGAACAAAUAAUUGAACCUCUUAGCAAAAUGGUUCUUCUUUUGUUAGGAUGCUUAUCCAUGGUUGGAAAAAAAUUUGGGUGGUCAAAAUGGAUUGAGGAUUCCUGGAGAUGUUUGACACUCUUGGCAGAAAUUCUAAGUGAUCGGUUUUCAUCCUUUUACCCCCUUGCAGUUGAUGUGUUGUCUCAGAGCUUGGAAAUGGAUAACCUCAAUCUACAUACAUUGGCUGGAAGGAUUACUUCUUUUCAGGUUCAUGGGGUUCUUAAAACUAAUCUUCAGCUAUUGUCACUACAAAAACUUGGCCUCCUUCCAUCAUCUGCACAGAAGAUAUUGAAAUUUGACUCACCUAUAUCUCAGUUGCGUUUGCAUCCAAAUCACCUGGUCACAGGAAGUUGUGCUGCUACUUAUAUUUUCCUACUGCAACAUGGAAAGAAUGAAGUUGUUGAACAAGCAGUGACUUCCUUGCUUGAAGAACUAGAGCUGUUGAAGGGCAUGCUGGAAAGUACCUUAUUAAAUAGAGACAAGUCUAAUAGCUUGUUUGGUGAUAAAUCUUAUUCAAAGCCUGAAUUCUUUGCAUUGAUUAAAUUUGACUUGAAAGUUCUACUAAGCUGUGUUUCUCUGGGGCGGGGUAACAGUUUGAGUGCAGGGGCAGAGCUUGAUGCUUUUUAUAUUGAGAGGUCAGAAAGAUUGUCCUCUUUUAUUCUUGAGAAAUUAAAUCCUUUCAACUUGCCAAUUCAGGGUUUUGUAGAGUUGCAAGUUAAUGUUUUCAAGACAUUGGAACAGCUAACCAUGUUUGAGUUUUUUAGCAAAUCGUCUGUGAGGAAACAUAUAAACAGAAAAGGCUCUGUUGACAUUGCAAGUGAAACACUACGAGAUGAUGAGAAUAUCAAGGAUGGACUUCCUAGUCUGAUUUUUGAGCAUUUGCAGAAGUAUAUUCCCCUUCUUGUCAAAGCCUUUCACAUUUCCUCUCCAUUGGCAGUCAAAAUAGAAGCCGCUAACUGGAUCUAUAAAUUCUGUGAGGGUGUUGUUGAUGUAUACAAGAAAACUAGUGCAACAAUCUAUCCUUGUGAAGCAUUUUCAUAUGUUGGUGUAGUUGAGAAUUUGGUUUUUUCAGUUUUGGAUGCUGCAUCAGAUAGGGAACCAAAAGUGAGAUCUCAUGUUGCAUCAGUUCUGGACUUGCUUCUGCAGGCGAAACUCAUUCAUCCGACACACUUUGUUGCCAUUACUGAAGUGAUCCUUGAAAGACUUGGUGAUCCAGAUAGUGACAUAAAAAAUGCCUUUCUAAAGAUGCUUUCCAACAUAUUGCCCCUUACAAUCUAUGUAUGUGGUCUACACAACUGUGGAACUGUUGACGCUUCUAGGGCUACUGCUCCUAGGUUAGGUUAUAGUUAUAACUUGCACUGGAGGCAAGUAUUUGCCCUCAAGCAACUGCCUCAGCAACUUAAUUCACAGCAGCUUGUUUCCAUCUUGAGUUUCAUUUCACAAAGAUGGAAGAUGCCACUUUCUUCUUGGAUCCCACGGCUCAUUCAUACUUGUCGGAGUUCAAAGGGAUCUUCUUUAGCUCAACUAGAAGAAACAGGAAAUACUGGUGUGAAUGACUUGGGAUUGGAGAUUAAAGUAGAGGAAGAUGUCCUUGAAAGGAUCUGCUCAGUUAAUAUCCAUGCUGGUGCAUGGUGGGCUAUACAUGAAGCAGCUAGAUACUGUAUUACUACACGUCUUCGCACCAACCUUGGUGGACCCACCCAAACUUUUGCAGCACUGGAACGCAUGCUUUUGGACAUUGCACAUGUACUACAGCUUGAUAAUGAGAAAAAUGAUGGGAACUUAAAUAUUACAGGUUCGUCUUGCAUUCACUUGUUACCAAUGAGGUUAUUACUGGAUUUUGUUGAGGCCUUGAAGAAAAAUGUAUUUAAUGCAUAUGAUGGGUCUACCAGUAUACCAUCUGCUUCAAGGCAGAGCUCAUUGUUCUUUCGGGCAAAUAGAAAAGUCUGCGAGGAGUGGUUUUCUCGCAUAUGUGAGCCAAUGAUGAAUGCUGGAUUGGCACUACAAUGUCAUCAUGCUACAAUCCAUUACUGUACUGUGCGUUUGCAGGACCUUAGAAAUACUUUGGCUUCAGCUUUAAAGGAUAAACCUAGGGCACAGACGGUUGAGAAUCUUCAUAAUAUGAGGGGAAGAUUGAUGGAAGAUGUCUCAAGGGUUCUACUUCACAUGUCGUUAGCUUUGUGUAAAGUUCAUGAAUCCGAAGCUUUGAUUGGCCUGCAAAAAUGGGCUACCACAGCAUUCUCUUCCUUGUUUACAGAUGAGAACUGUGAUGUGAGUCAUGGUGAGGUUUUUGGACCUUUUUCGUGGAUCAUGGGACUUGUUUAUCAGGCCGAGGGCCAGUAUGAAAAGGCUGCUGCUCACUUUACUCAUUUAUUACAGGAGGAAGAGUCACUCAGUUCUAUGGGUUCUGAUGGUGUGCAGUUUGCUAUUCAUCGCAUUAUUGAGAGUUAUGCUGCUGUUUCUGAUUGGAAGUCCUUAGAAUCUUGGCUAUUGGAGCUGCAAACACUUCGUGCUAAGUAUGCAGGGAAGAGCUACUCAGGUGCACUAACUACAGCUGGAAAUGAAAUAAAUGCAAUUCAUGCCUUGGCUCGCUUUGAUGAGGGUGAUUUUCAGGCAGCAUGGGCAUGCCUGGAUUUGACACCUAAAAGCAGCAGUGAACUCACGAUUGAUCCCAAAUUGGCCUUGCAAAGGAGUGAACAGAUGCUUUUACAAGCUCUGCUACUUCAAAUUGAAGGGAAGGUGGAGAAAGUGUCACACGAUAUACAGAAAGCGAAAUCAAUGCUGGAAGAACCAUUGUCUGUUUUGCCACUUGAUGGGUUGACAGAGGCUGCAGCAUAUUGCACCCAGUUGCACUGUAUCUUUGCAUUUGAAGAAAGCUGCAAACAAAAAGGAAACCAAGACAAAAAGCUUCAGUCAUUACUGAGUUCAUAUAUCCACAUUUUGAAAUCCCCGAUCAACCAAGUUCAUCAAGAUUGCAACAUGUGGCUGAAAGUUCACCGGGUUUACCGAACUAUCCUUCCAUCCUCAUUGGUGACUCUGAAGCUCUCCAAGAAUUUGUUAAGUUUAGCCCGUAAACAGAGAAACCUAAUGUUGGCAAACCGCCUUGGUAACUAUCUCAGAGAUCAUGCACAAUCUUAUUCUGAAGGAAGGUAUCAUAAUUUUCUAAUGAAAAGCUUGCAGUAUGAGGGCAUCCUGCUGAUGCAUGCUGAAAACAGGUUUGGGGAUGCUCUGACAAAUCUUUGGUCAUUUCUCCAUCCCUGCUUGGUUUCUUCAUCGUCUUUUGUGUCUGAUGCUGAUGACAAUUUUUUAUAUGCAAAGGCAUGCCUGAAACUUUCAGACUGGUUAAGAAAGGAUUCUUCAGAUAUGAAUUUUGGGGAUACUGUCCUCAAGAUGUUGGCAGAUUUCAACAUAACAGAUUUUUCUUCUAUUGACAAAGGGGCAACUGGCUUCAGUGAUGAUAAGAUAAGCUCAAAACCAAAUGUGGGUCUUAUUGUUGAAGAACUUGUGGGUACAGCUACAAAGUUGUCAUCUCGUCUCUGCCCCUCCUUGGGCAAGUCAUGGAUUUCAUAUGCCUCAUGGUGUUAUCAUCAAGCCCAAUCAUCUUUCUAUGCCCCAAAUGAGAUGGCCCUUCAAUCAUGCUGCUUUUCUUCCAUUCUUGCUCCGGAAGUUCUACCUGACAGAUUUAAGUUAACUGAAGAAGAGUUAUUAAAAGUUACAUCUAUUGUUGUGCAGCUUCUUCAUAAAAGGAGUGAUUCAGAAAAUUUGAACGAGGAAGGGGGAGAGGGCAAUUUUCAGCUUGAAUCUUUGAGCAAGGAGAACUAUGUGAUGGCUUUGGUGCAGGAUGUGGUGAGUACUAUUGAAGCUGCAGCUGGGGCACCAGGGGCAGAAAGUUCCAAUGGUGAACUUCUUUCUACCAUGCUGAUAUCUCAGUUGCAGAAAUACUUUUUAUCUGCAAAUGUUGGCCUUGAAGAACCUGCACUGUUGUCCUCAGUUGAUGAUUUAGUUGGUAUUUGGUGGUCUUUGAGGAGAAGAAGGGUUUCUCUUUUUGGGCAUGCGGCACAAGCUUUCAUACAUUAUCUUUCAUAUUCAUCUUUCAAGUGUUCUGAUGGUCAUUUAGCUGCAUCUUUCUGUGAAACUUUGAACCAAAAGACUGCCAGCUACACUCUGAGGGCUACCCUAUACGUCUUGAACAUUCUUCUAAACUAUGGAGCGGAGUUGAAAGAUACGCUUGAAACUGCUCUUUCGACAGCUCCAUUGUUGCCAUGGCAGGAAGUGACACCCCAGCUAUUUGCUCGGUUAACUUCUCAUCCUCAACAAGUGGUUCGGAAACUGUUGGAAGGUUUGCUGCUGAUGCUCACAAAGCUAUCUCCUUGGUCAGUUGUGUACCCAACCCUUGCUGAUCUAAAUGCUUCUGAACAGAGACCUUCCGAGGAGCUUCAGCAUGUUCUGGCUUGUUUGGGUAAGCUUUACCCCAGAUUGAUUCAUGAUGUCCAGCUUGUGAUAAAAGAGCUGGAAAAUGUGACUGUUCUUUGGGAGGAACUGUGGCUCAGUACGCUACAAGAGCUUCAUGCAGAUGUUAUGAGGCGCAUUAGCUUGUUGAAAGAAGAGGCUGCACGAGUUGCAGAGAAUCUUACUCUUAGUCAUAGUGAGAAGAAAAAAAUAAAUGCUGCAAAAUACUCAGCCAUGAUGGCUCCCAUUGUUGUAGCAUUAGAACGUCGUUUGGCCUCUACUUCUUGGAAACCUGAAACUCCUCACGAGAAAUGGUUCCAUGAAGAGUAUAUGGAACAACUUAAAUCUGCCAUCUUAAACUUCAAGAAUCCUCCAUCAUCUGCUGUGGCUCUUGGGGAUGUGUGGCGACCAUUUGAUAACAUUGCUGCAUCAUUGGCAUCUUACCAGAGGAAGUCAUUUAUAUCAUUGGGAGAAGUUGCACCUCAAUUGGCUCGGCUAUCAUCUUCUGAUGUUCCAAUGCCUGGUCUUGAGAAGCAAAUUGCAGUUUCUGAAUCUGAGGGGGGGAUUACUGGUCCUCAGGGAAUUGUCACAAUUGCUUCUUUCACAGAACAAGUUGCUAUCAUAUCAACCAAGACUAAGCCCAAAAAACUUGUCAUAGUGGGCUCAGAUGGUCAGAAAUACACAUAUCUAUUGAAGGGGCGAGAAGACCUGCGUCUUGAUGCCAGAAUCAUGCAGCUAUUGCAAGCUAUAAAUGCUUUUCUGCAUUCAUCACAUGCAACUCGUAGUCAGUGUCUUUCAGUUCGCUAUUAUUCUGUAACCCCAAUAAGUAGUCGAGCUGGUCUUAUCCAAUGGGUCGACAAUGUUACGAGUAUAUACAGUAUAUUUAAGUCAUGGCAGAACCGUGUCCAGCAAGCACAAAUGCAGGCUUUUGCUGUUGGUAAUUCAAAAGACUCAGUUCCUCCACAGGUUCCCCGGCCAAGUGAUAUGUUCUAUGGAAAGAUUAUACCAGCUCUUAAAGAGAAAGGCAUAAGAAGAGUUAUAUCACGACGAGACUGGCCUCAUGAUGUAAAGCGGAAGGUUCUUCUGGAUCUCAUGAAGGAGGCUCCUAAACAACUGCUUUAUCAAGAACUUUGGUGUGCCAGUGAAGGAUUCAGAGCCUUCAGCUCAAAAUUGAGCAGGUAUGCUGGUAGUGUUGCAGCAAUGAGCAUGGUUGGCCACAUCCUGGGCCUGGGUGACAGGCAUUUGGACAAUAUUCUUAUAGAUUUUUCUAGUGGGGAUAUUGUGCAUAUUGAUUAUAAUGUGUGCUUUGAUAAAGGACAAAGAUUGAAGAUUCCGGAAAUUGUGCCCUUCCGUCUAACACAGACAAUUGAAGCAGCUUUGGGGUUGACGGGUGUUGAAGGUACCUUUAGAGCAAACUGUGAAACAGUUCUUGGUGUUCUGAGGAAGAACAAAGACAUCAUAUUGAUGUUGUUGGAGGUAUUUGUUUGGGAUCCACUUGUGGAAUGGACACGUGGAGAUUUCCAUGAUGAUGCAGCAAUUGUUGGUGAAGAACGAAAAGGCAUGGAGUUGGCAGUUAGCUUGAGUCUAUUUGCAUCCCGUGUGCAAGAAAUUCGCGUCCCGUUGCAGGAGCAUCAUGACCUUUUACUUGAUACCUUACCAGCGGUUGACUCUGCUCUUGAGCGGUUUGCAAACAUAUUGAAUCAAUACGAGCUUGUUUCUACUCUUUUUUAUCGCGCUGAUCAGGAGAGGUCUAACCUUGCUUUGCAUGAGACAUCUGCAAAGUCAAUUGUUGCUGAAGCAACUUCUAGUUCAGAGAAAAUCUGUGCCUCGUUUGAAGUAAAUGCUAGGGAAUAUGCUCAAGCAAAGGCUGUAGUAGCUGAGAAAGCCCAAGAGGCAACAUCUUGGAUGCAACAACAUGGAAGGAUUCUUGAUGCUUUACGAAGCAGUUCGAUUCCUGAAAUCAAAGCCUACUUGCACCUGAUGGGUAUGGAGGAAGCUUUAUCUGUUACAUCUGCUGUUCUUGUGGCUGGAGUUCCAUUAACAAUUGUUCCUGAGCCCACACAAGCUCAAUGCCAUGAUAUCGAUAGAGAGGUUUCUCAGCUCAUAGAUGAACUUAAUCAUGGACUUUCUGCUGCAGUAACAACUCUACAAGCUUAUUCUUUGGCUUUACAACGAAUACUACCACUGAAUUACCCUACGACAAGCCCUAUGCAUGGUUGGGCACAAGUUCUGCAACUUUCAAUAAAUAGCCCUGCCAAUGAUUCCCUGCCCCUUGCUAGAAGACAGGCUGCUGAGCUGAUCACGAGGGUACAUGGAGAUGGAUUUGAUUCUAGCAGGAGUAGUUAUGAAGAUUUGUGUCUUAAGGUGGAGAAGUAUGCAAACGAGAUAGAUAAAGUUGAGAAGGAGUGUGCUGAAUUGGUGAACUCAAUUGGCUCGGAGAAUGAAUCAAGAGCCAAGGAUCGGCUUCUAUCUGCUUUCAUGAAGUAUAUGCAGUCUGCUGGUCUUGCAAGGAAGGAAGAUACUAUAUCUGCAAUCCAUUUAGGAUCUUCAAAGCAUGAUGGGACAAGAGAAACCAGAUUGCAAGAAGAGCUUGAAGAGAAAAAAGAGAAGGUUCUGACUGUUUUAAAUAUUGCUGUGAGUUCUCUAUAUGGUGAAGUUAAGCAUAGAGUGCUUGGCAUGCUGAGCGAUCCUAUUGGUGGUAGAAGUAUAGAAAAUGUUGGGCAGUCUGAUCUUGGGACUAUUUCCUGUGAGUUUGAAGAGCAAAUAGAGAAAUGUGUACUUGUAGCUGGAUUUGUUAAUGAACUACGGCAAUAUAUUCUUGGGGAUUUACCUACUCUUGAUACAGAUGAUGAUCAUUCAAAAUAUCUUUUUCAAGAGAACUGGGCUUCCAUUUUCAAGACCAGUUCACUUUCCUCUAAGAACAUGGUUGAGAAAAUGCUUGAAGUUGUUUUACCAGAUGUUAUAAGAUCUAUUGUUUCAUUCAGUUCAGAAGUCAUGGAUGCAUUUGGCACUAUCUCACAGAUCAGAGGAUCCAUUGAUAUGGCACUAGAGCAGCUAGUUGAGGUUGAAUUAGAGAGGACAUCUUUAAUAGAGCUGGAACAGAACUACUCUGUAAAGGUUGGUCUCAUCACUGAGCAGCAGUUGGCUCUUGAAGAAGCUGCUGUGAAGGGUCGGGAUCAUCUUUCUUGGGAAGAGGCCGAAGAGCUUGCAUCUCAGGAAGAAGCUUGUAGGGCGCAGCUGGACAAACUCCAUCACACGUGGAAACAGAAGGAUGUGCGAACUUCUUCUCUGAUAAAGAGAGAAGCUGGCAUUAGAAGUGCUUUGUUUUCUUCAGAAAGUCAUUUUCAAUCUCUAAUUAGUGCUGAUCCAGAAAAUGGGCCGCAUUUAAGGAGCAAAGCUCUUUUGGUGGCAUUAGUGGAGCCCUUUGCUGAGUUGGAAUCCAUUGAUAAGGCAUUGGCUUCACUUGAUGGACCUGUUGCUGCAAGCUCUAGUGGAAUUUCACAUCUUGCAGAUUUGAUGAGUUCUGGUCGCCUUACAUCAGAAUACAUCUGGAAGUUUCCUAGCUUAAUGAACAGACAUUCUUUCUUUAUUUGGAAAGUUAGUGUUGUGGAUUCAUUUCUUGAUUCAUGCAUACAUGACACAGCAUCAUCCUUAGAUCAAAAUUUAGGAUUUGACCAACUUCUUAAUGUCUUGAAGAAAAAGCUUGAAAUCCAUCUUCAAGAACAUAUUGGCUACUACCUGAAAGAGCGAGUUGGCCCUGUUCUGUUAGCUAGAUUAGACAAAGAAAGUGAACUUUUGAAGCAAUUGACGGAGACAGCAAAAGACUUUGCUUUAGAUCAGGCGAAGAAGGAUUUGGGGGCUGUAAGAAGGGUACAACUUAUGCUUGAGGAGUACUGCAAUGCGCAUGAAACUGUCAGAGCAGCAAUGUCAGCUGCCUCCCUGAUGAAAAGGCAGGUGAAUGAACUCAAGGAUGCUCUUUGCAAGACCAGCCUAGAGAUAGUUCAGAUGGAAUGGAUGCAUGAUGUUACUUUGAAACCCUUUCAUAAUGUCAGAUUCAUAUCUCAAAAAUAUCUUGCAAGUGAGGAUACAUUACUUCCAGUUAUUCUGAACCUCAGUAGACCUGAACUAUUAGAAAGUACACAGUCUUCUGUGUCAAAAAUAGCUAGGUCACUAGAGGGUCUAACAACUUGUGAGAGAACUUCUGUUACAGCAGAAGGUCAGCUUGAGAGAGCCAUGGGGUGGGCCUGUGGUGGUCCAAACACCAGUGUGAUAGGAAGUACUUCAACGAGGAGUUUAGGAAUACCUCCUGAAUUUCAUAAUCAUCUGAUGAGACGGCGGCAAUUGUUAUGGGAAGCCAGAGAAAAAGCUUCAGAUAUCAUUAAAAUUUGCAUGUCAAUAUUAGAUUUUGAAGAAUCUAGAGAUGGCAUUUUUCGCACUUCGGGAGAGCUUUACCCCUUUAGGACUGGGGCUGAUGGGAGGACAUGGCAGCAAGAUUACUUGAAUGCACUAACAAGAUUGGACGUUACUUAUCAUUCUUUUACACGCACUGAGCAAGAGUGGAAGGUUGCUCAGAGCAACAUGGAAGCUGCAUCAAAUGGCUUAUUUUCUGCUACUAAUGAACUCUGCAUUGCUUCUGUGAAAGCAAAGUCAGCUUCAGGUGAUUUACAGAGCACUCUUCUUGCAAUGAAAGAUUGUGCCUAUGAAGCCAGUGUGGCACUAUCUGCUUUUGGGCGUGUUAUAAGGAGCCACAGUGCUUUGACUUCUGAAUGUGGUUCAAUGCUUGAAGAGGUCCUUGCAAUAACUGAAGGCCUGGAUGAUGUUCACAGUUUGGGGAAGGAGGCUGCUUCAGUACAUUGUUCUCUCAUGAAAAAUCUUUCUAAGGCAACUGCAAUUCUACUUCCUUUGGAAUCUGUUUUGUCCAAGGACGUUGCUGCCAUGACUGAUGCUAUGGCAAGGGAAAAAGAGACCAAGAUGGAAAUAUCUCCAAUUCAUGGCCAAGCAAUACACCAGUCUUAUUACUUAAGAAUUAAGGAGGUUUGUCAGGCAUUUAAACCUCUGGUACCUUUGCUUACAAUCUCUGUGGAGGGACUUCAUUCCAUGUUGACCAAGCUGGCUCGAACUGCAAGUCUUCAUGCAGGAAAUCUUCAUAAAGCUCUUGAAGGUCUAGGAGAAAGCCAAGAAGUAAGGUCACAGGACAUUAAUUUGUCAAGGCCUGUGGUUGCAGGUCAUGACAGUGACUCUGAGAACAAGGAGGGAGAGGUUCUUUUCAACUUUGAUGUUGAAAAUGAUGGUGAUUCUAUUGUAAUAAGUGGACUGUCUUUACAAGAUAAAGGGUGGAUAUCUCCUCCAGAUAGCAUCUGUGAUAGCAGCUCAGAGUCUGAUUUUACAUCAGCAGAAGCAAGUUUUGCAGACAGCUUUAAUGACACAGAAGGGGAGCGGCUUUUACAUGUUUCUAGUGGCACAGAGGACAAAGGUUAUUUAACAUUGGUUCCAUUUUCUGGAAAUGAUCAUCAAGAAUUUUCACCCAACGAGCAGUCAGGACUCGUGUGCAAAUUUACUAAUAAUGCUGAUACUGGUAAUACGGAUGAACAUACCAAAUCAGGGGAAUCACUAUAUGAUAAAUCUGUUCCUGGCAUUAUUGAGUCUUCGCAUUCCAUCAGCCAGGACAAGGUUGAAGACAAAGGCCAUGAACCCUCUUUUUCUGUUUCUGAUUCCAGAAAUCAAGUAGUCAGAGGUAAAAAUGCUUAUGCCAUGUCAGUUCUAAAGCAAAUUGAGAAGAAAAUAGAUGGUCGAGAUAUUGCUGACAACAGAGCAAUCAGCAUUGCGGAGCAAGUGGAUUAUCUGCUAAAGCAAGCAACCAGUGUGGAUAACCUAUGCAAUAUGUAUGAAGGUUGGACUCCUUGGAUUUGAGUUUUGAAGCCGGUUUUAUUGCAUAUCCUGCCCUCUUCCCAAAUGCUACAGCAAGGGAUAGUGCGAGGUUCCUUCCUACGAAGAAAGAUGAACGUGAACUGUGGCCUCAAUUCACUGAGAGAUAUUAUAUGGAUUCUUCUUCGAGCCUGGGUAAUGGUUGGUCUACACAGAUAGCCAUCGCUGAUUCUCUGAUUGCCAUUGCUCUCCCGUCAUGAGGAUCAGUGGGGGGUCGCUCUGGCCGAGUUCAUUCUCCUCCUAAGGUUGAGCGAUGAUGGAUUGCCUCGAGUUCCUGUCUAGACUGGUCGCUGCUGCUGCCAGGGCUUAUUAUUCCUUGACUGGUUAAGGACCUGGAAGACAGUGUUCUCCAUUUCUGCAAUUGAAUUGAAUUGAAUGGAAUGCAGUUGCUUCUUACCAAAUUUAAGGAGAGAUGAGAAUUGAGGGCAAUGCAGUGUGGUGCUUGCAUCCGACAACUGCAAGGCUGGCUUCAUGGGGCAGGAAGGAAGGAAUAGGAUGCGGACUGCAAGUCGAGGGGCGAGCUGAUGUCAAUUAUUGCAUUGGGAAUUUUCUGCUUGAUUUAACCCCCCACCCUCCUUCUCCCCGUCGCGUUGAUUCAUCAUUCCACUGUGUAAAUAAUUAAAUAUUCUGAUUGAAAAUUUCAUAUCUAUGUUGUACGAUGAAUGAUGCGAGUUUCGAAAUUGGCCAAAUAUCACACCGCCAGUGCCCUUAAAUGCCCACGUCUUUCCAAGAGUAUUUUAAGUAUUUUGGGUAAAUUUUAUGUAGCUCAUGUGAGAUUUAGUAAAUAGCAAACGAUCACUCUUUUCUUUUGUUGUACAACACU